GUGUGUGUGGGAACGAGGCUGCAGCUUAACCAACAAGUUGUUUUGCAUAAUGGAGAAAUGACGAGUAAACACUAGUCAUGAAAAAGGCAUUGAAACCAUGCCCAGAACAACUUCCUUGCUCACAGUGUUGGACUUUGCUUUUGUGACACAGACCAAGUCGAAACACGAAACGAAAGGCUCCUCUUCCAUGUCGUAUGGAUCAGUGCUAGUCAAAGGGGAUUAUGCUUUGGUUUAAGAUUACUUAUCAGGCUUCGCUGGAACCUUAAAGGACCUUUGUAUAAAUGACCAUCAUCUUCAUCAGCAGAAUCAGCUGUUUUUGUUCAGAACAGACUAAGAUUGAUGUAAUCUGACACACAAGAGUAAACACGUUCCUAUUGUGUGUCUUGUCAUGUACUGGAAACAGUCUGACGGACAACCUGAGGAAACGAGGUGACAAGUCGGCAGACAGACAGACGUCACAAUGCCAGACGAGUCACAGGAUCAUCAGGGUCUGGUGGGACCUGGAGGAGGAGGAGGAGCGCCGGCAGUGUCUUUAGUCCCUGACAUUAUGGUUGAUUCCGGUAAAGCAGGCAAAAUGACUGGAGGCAAAUCUCUGGAGCUUGAUGAAUUCAGUCAAACACCAAGUGGUGUCAUUGGAGUGACUGCGUCUUUAGAUGCAGGAGUGGUGAAAACUGCACAUGCUCCCGAACCUUUCAAGGCCAGUUCUGUGCCAUUAAAUGAAACAAAUGGCAACAGUGAUUCUGACUACAGCAGUACAAGAUCUAGUCCUGGUUACACUUGUUUACAUGCUGACCUAGGUGACCCUGCGUUAGCCAGAAGCUCCUUUGAAAACACAAAUCCUGCCUCUUCUGUCAAUCUCCCAGAACCUAAUUUGGACUCAAAGACGGACAAUUACAGUCGAUAUGGAAACAGGGACAAUUCAGCUGAAGGAAACACAGACAACUCGCUUUGUGUCAGUUCUACUGUGUUCCCGGACAAGCCGUCCAUGAUGUACCACCCAAGGGACAGCAUUGACUCUUGGUGGGACGGGGCGGACGAAGACAAUGACAUGCAAAGCACCAGGUCAAGACAGAGUUUGAAGGACGGCGUGUGCUGCUGCUAUCAGGCGAUCCACAGGUCUUUCCUGAGGUGUGUGGAGGAGACUCCAGCCAUGCUGUCCGGACUGGUGCUGUCCUUGCUCUUCUGCGUGGUCAUCAUCAUCCUCAUUCCCACCACAGGACGGGACAUCAUCAUUCACGUAGGUGCUCUGGCCGUGGUGUGCGUGGUUCUCUGUCUCAGCACGCUCCUGCUCGUGUGUUUGCCUUGGCUCGCCACUGUGCGGCGCUGUGGGGGCGCCCUGGCCCUCUUUGUCUGGGGGACGCUUUACACCACCGCCAUGGUGUUCGUCUUCACGGGGGGACCUGUCACUGCAUGGGAGCAGGUAGCGUUUUUCCUCUUCCUCUCUCUGAGUGUCUACACUGUGCUGCCUCUCUCUCUGGCCUGGGCACUAAUGGUUGGGAUCGGGACCAGUGUUUCGCACAUUAUCAUCAUCAGCAUCUACGUUCCUGUCACAAGUCCAGAGAUGCCGGACCUGGCUGUUCAGCUGAUUGCGAAUGCAGUGCUCUUCCUGUGUGUGAACUGCGUCGGGAUUUUCCACCUGUGGACGUCGGAGCACGAUCUCAGGAUUUCCAAUCAGAAGAGAGAGGAGUUCAGCACCAUACGCUCACAGAAGGAGAUAAGGAAAUAUCAGCAGGAGCAGCUCCUCUUGUCGGUAUUGCCACGCUACCUCGCUAUGGAGCUGAGGACGGAGGUGAUAAAGAGACUGAUCAAGCCGAAGAGCGACAAGGGGAAGGAAUCCAACGUCAACAACUUCCACAGCCUCUACAUACGACAGCACAAAGACGUCAGCAUCUUGUACGCGGACAUCGUGGGCUUCACAAAGUUAGCGAGCAGCUGCACUCCAGAGGAGCUGGUCGCCGUGCUCAACAAGCUCUUUGGAAGGUUCGACGACAUAGCAAAGAGGAACGGAUGUCUUCGCAUUAAGAUCCUCGGCGACUGCUACUACUGUGUGUCCGGUCUCCCGGACCCAAUUCCCACUCACGCCAGGAACUGUGUACAAAUGGGACUGGACAUGUGCACGGCCAUCAGUAAACUGCGCGAGGCGACAGGCGUGGAGAUCAGCAUGCGCGUGGGCGUUCACACGGGCUACGUGCUCUGUGGCGUGAUCGGCCUGCAGAAGUGGCAGUACGACGUGUGGUCACAUGACGUGACGCUGGCCAACCACAUGGAGUCUGGAGGUUUGCCCGAACGGGUCCACAUCACAGAGGAGACGCUGCAUCAUUUGAAUGGAGUGUACCAAGUGGAGGAGGGGAACGGAGGGAGUCGAGAUCCUCUUCUUCAAGGACGAAAAACCUACCUGGUGAUUGACCCUCGUAAGCCAGUGAGCGCCCCCAGGAGGCCAAAACAGAUGCACACUUUAGCGUCAGGUGAGACCAGGCAGCGUGCCUCAGUCCGCAUGUCUCAGUACAUGCAGUCCUGGCGAACCAUCCACCCUUUCGCUGACCUGAGCAACCCUGACGCCAAAGCCUCCAAGAAGAGAAUCGUCCCCUCCAAAGUUAUCACCAACCAGUCACAGCUGACGCUCGACAGUCCAACGUGUCAGAGCGACCCCGGCUGUCUGGUUGUGGAUAAUCGUGUCAGGGGAUCUCUGGGCACACUCGAGACAGCAGGGCGGAGGGCAAAGAAGCUCAACUGUUUGACUCUGCUGUUUAACGACCUCAGUCUGGAGAAACAGUUCAGAUUCACAGAAGUGAAGGGUCUGCAUCACUCCAUCAGCAUCGUCUCUUUCAUCUUCGUCACUCUCUUCACUGUCCAGAUGCUCGUCUCUGAGAGGAACUUUGAGUUAGCGGUGUCUUACGGAGCAACCUUCCCCGUGCUCGUGCUGCUUCUGUCCAUCGCGUUCACCGGAUACUUGGAGAAGUGGCGCUCAAAGAUUCCCUUUGGCAUCCAGUGGAUUUCGGGACUUUCCCGCAGUCUGUCCACCAGGGCGGCGCUGCGUGUGUUUGUGGUCACACUUGUUGUGCUCAUCACGCUGCUCAUGGCCAUCCUCAAUUUUUUUUUCCUGCCUGGAAACAACUGCACCUCCAUCAGCAACAGUACAGAACUGGAGGGUUUCAAACUCUACACCGUGCCUUACUACCUGUUCUGCUGCCUGCUGGCCAUGCUGGGAGUGAUCGUGUUCGUCAGGACGUGUUUGUCGCUGAAGGUUCUGCUGCUCACGCUGGCCGUGGUGGUUUACCUGGCGCUCUUCCUCCACGUGUACGCGUCCAGGUCCAUCUGCCUCGUGGACCUGCUGUACAACAGCACAAAGCCCGGAGUCUUAAAGGACCCUCUCAUCAUGUCUGGGGUUUGGCUGGUUAUCUUUUACAUCAUCUGUCUAAUACUGGCCCGGCAGGACGAGCUUGGUUGCCGCGUGGACUUCCUGUUGGAGCGCUGCUUCCAAACGGAGCGGGAGGAGAUGGAGACCAUGGAGAACGUCAACAAGCUCCUCCUCCAGAACGUCCUGCCGCUGCACGUCGCCUCCUUCUUCAUGGGCAAAAGUAUUCGCAACCAGGACCUGUACAGCCAGUCAUACGACUGCGUGUGUGUGAUGUUCGCCUCGGUGCCUCAGUUCAAAGAGUUUUACAGCGAGAGCAGCACCAACAGGGACGGAUUGGAGUGUCUGCGCUUCCUCAACGAGAUCAUAUCCGACUUUGACGAGCUGCUCUCCAAACCCAAAUUCUCGUCGGUGGAGAAAAUCAAAACAAUUGGCAGCACGUACAUGGCAGCUGCAGGUCUGACUCACUCACCGCCCGGUGAUGAAAUAAAGAAACAGGAGCUGUCCUACAGUCAUGUGCGAGCCAUGGUGGACUUUGCGUUGGCUCUCAUGGCCAAACUGGAGCUCAUCAACACGCACUCCUUCAACAGCUUCAAACUCAGGAUCGGGGUGAACCACGGGCCGGUGAUUGCUGGUGUUAUUGGCGCUCACAAACCUCAGUAUGACAUCUGGGGGAACACUGUGAACGUGGCGAGCAGGAUGGACAGCACCGGCGUGUUGGACAAGAUACAGGUGACGGGGGAGACUGCGCAGAUGGCGGAGAGUGUCGGCUACAGCGUCACCCUCAGGGGAGUGGUCAACGUCAAGGGCAAAGGUCAACUCACCACGUAUUUUGUCAACGCGGAACACCCGUCGCCUCAGUUCUGACCUUCAGGGUGUAAAUACUGAGCGGAUUUAAAUUGUGGCUCUGAACUUUAGCUACAAUGGUUUUUUUUGGUUGUUUUAAUGAAAGAAAAUGGAUUCUGGUCCUGGUCUCCCACACAUGUGAACGCAACGAUGUGGUAACGCAGGUCGUCGCCUGUCAAUCAUUUACAUCGACCAAGGAGCUGACUUUUGUCUUUGGGAUGAGACGCUAAAUAAAUUCCCGGCCGGUUUAAAUGAAGACGCUAAAAUCCUCAGCUGAUGACAAGAGACUACUAGUUUUCUCUGGACUGUUGAGCUGUUACUGUAUCUGCAUUUAAAUGUGUGUUUUAUUCCGAUACCGUGUUUUAUUAUCUCACACUUAGUACUUACGUAUGUUACUGUGGUUAUUUUACUGGAGAGUGGUUCAUCAAACGUGAAAGAUUACACUGAAAAAGGAAAAUGGUUCCUCAAAUUUAAAAGAUGAAAAUGGGUCAGUCAG